AUGAAAAACAUUGACAGUGAGAGUCAGAACAUGAAGGUGAGGAUCAACGCUACAGGCGACACCAUUGUGAUGAAGUUUGAUAACGCUGACACCAAGCUGGAGGGCUACAUCCUGGGCUACGGCAGCAGCAUGUUCUCUAAACAGUUCAUCCAACUCCCAGAGAACGGACUGCCCUACGAGACCGAGAUCGAUGCAGAGCCCAAGUACCUGAUUGCUGUCCAGCCCGUCCCAGUUAACAAUGUGAAGAAACAGUGCACAGGCAAGGUGAACCUGGAGAAGCCACUGCACCUGGUGAGCAGGUCAUGUGACCCCCACAGAGAACCGGAAUGGACUCAACAGACCUGCCCCUCCAGCGACAUGGUCAUCGAUAACCUGAAGCCCAACACGGCCUACGAGUUUGGUGUCCGACCCAACAACGAAGAACGCAGUGGAGUGUGGAGCAAGCCAGUUAUCCACAACACCAACAUGGCUGUCCAUAACAGGAGCCAGGGCAGAACCCUCUUCAGGACCCCAAUGGCUCCAAGGACCACCUUCGCCCCAACCUCGACCAAUAGACAGCACGUCCUGUCCACUCCAAGACCCACAAUGCCUCUGGGGCAGAACGAGCCAACCGGACGAGCAGACCAGAUCAAAUCUGCCUCCUCUCUCUCCGUGGACAUCACCCGUGCCGCCCCCACCAUCCCCUGUGCCUCCCCAACUGUCCCCCGUGCCUCCCCAACCAUCCCCCGUGCUUCCUCCACCGUCCCCCUUGCCUCCCCCACCAUCCCCCGUGCCUCCCCAACCGUCCCCCGUGCUUCCUCCACUGUCCCCCUAGCCUCCCCCACCCUCCCCUUACCCUCCCCCACCCUUCCCCAUGCCCCCCAGCUCCUGCCCUCCCCCACCCUUCCCCUGGCCUCUCCCACGGCCCCUGCGCAUAACCCCCAUCGUAACACCAGACCCCAACAGGCCAGACCCCAAGAAGCCAGACCCAAUCCUGAGCCUCAGGCCCAGCCCCAACUGGCCCAACCCCAACAGGCCAGACCCCAACAAGCCAGACCCCAGCCUGAGCCUCAGGCCCAGCCCCAACAGGCCCAGCCCCAACAGGCCCGACCCCAACAGGCCCAGCCUCAACAGGCCAGACCCCAGCCCGAGACUCAGGCACAGCCUCAGGCCCAGCCCCAACAGGCCAGACCCCAACAGGUCCAGCCUCAGGCCCAACCUCAGGCCCAACCUCAGGCCCAGCCCCAACAGGUCAGACCCCAACAGGUCAGACCCCAACAGGCCAGACCCCAACAGGCCAGACCCCAGCCUGAGACCCAGGCCCAGCCCCAACAGGUCCAGCCUCAGGCCAAGCCUCAGGCCCAACCUCAGGCCCAACCUCAGGCCCAGCCCCAACAGGCCAGACCCCAACCUCAGGCCCAGCCCCAACAGGCCAGACCCCAACAGGCCAGACCCCAGCCAGAGCCUCAGGCCCAGCCCCAACAGGCCAGACCCCAGCCAGAGCCUCAGGCCCAGCCCCAACAGCCUGCUAAGGUCACCCAGAACCUACAGACCCCCACGGCUCCCAGCCAAUAUCAGGUGGGACAACCUCUGCCAAGACCCGCCCUCGCCACUGAGAGGGCAAAUAGUAACACCCGGGGUACCAGCUUCCUGAGACCUUUGACCCCCACCGAUCCUCGCUCUCCUAUAGGGUCUGCCAUUGCCACGGCAGCCAGGAACACAACAUUGCCUCGUGGUCGUGUAGCUCUCUACUCCACCCCUAACGGCAUCAGACCUCUCUCUCUACCCAGGAACAAAAACAUCACCUCCCCCCUCACCUCCGUCACGAGUGAGGCCGACGGGGAGCACCACAAGGGUCUUGCUAUUCCCAAACCUGCAGUCUGGUCCGGAAACCGACUGGGCUCCUCUGCAGUCCUGCGUCCCUCUCUUCCUGUCAACAAGAGGCCCAACCUGGUGGGGAAAACAGGGAACAAGGAUAAGCCUAUAGACCUGAAGCAGGGAGACAAGGCAUCCAUCUUGAAGUCCUUCCCUCUGGUUACGACGAAGCCCUCCAAACAAAAGACCACAACCAUCGCCCCGGCCUUGAACGCCACUCGUAAUGAGCCAGGUGACAACUCUUCUGUGUUCAGCUCUCUGCCUGCUUCGGAAGUGGACGCCUUGGGCAAGAAGCGCUUCGUAGCCCCUCAUGUGCUCUAUAAGACGGACAAGAAGCCAGACGAGCCGUGUUCCAUAACACACUCCCUCAGCUUCUUCCCUGAGGAGGAGGGGGUGGAGCAGAACGUCACCGCACCCCCCCGCUUGUCCCCCUCCAAUGUCACCGUGGUGACCGUGGAGGGAUGCCCCUCCUUCAUCAUCCUGGACUGGGAGAAAACUGACAACGACACCACAGAGUAUGAGGUCAUUUCAAGGACCCAAGGACCAAAUGGAGAAGAGGUGUCCAUCCUGACUACCAACCAGACUCACACUGCUGUGGAGAAUUUAAAACCAGAGAGCAGUUACGAGUUCAAGGUAAAACCCAAGAAUGAGCUUGGAGAAGGGCCUGCCAGUGAGGCGGUGUCGUUCAACACAGAGUCAGCGGACCCUCGGGUGAGUGAGAAUGUCUCAGGUAAAGCUGCUAUAUGGACACAGUUCCCCUUCAAGGCAGAUUCCUACUCGGAGUGUAACGGGAAGCAGUACGUGAAGAGGACCUGGUACCGCAAGUUUGUGGGCAUCCAGCUAUGCAACUCCCUUAGAUACAAAAUCUACAUGAGCGACUCGCUCAACGGCAAGUUCUACAACAUCGGGGACCAGACUGGUCAUGGGGAGGACCACUGCCAGUUUGUAGAUUCUUUCCUGGACGGACGAACAGGCAGCCAGCUACUGGCCGACCAGCUUCCCAGCCGAUCAGGUUUCUACCGGGCUAUGCGCCAGGAACCGGUCAACUUCGGCCAGAUCGGAGGGAACUCGCACGCCACCUAUGUCGGCUGGUACGAGUGCGGAACACCCAUACCUGGGAAAUGGUAAGACCCCUCCACCAAGGAGGUGGCCAGGAAGAUGCCUGACUGGAAGAGGGAUUAUUUUACCAGGCUGAAAGGAGGACUGAGGAGGCCUGAGGGGAGGUGGGCUUCUCUGUUACCAUGGAGAUGCACCUUUCUGACUAUCUAUUUGUCAGAUGGCAACAGCCCACAUUCCAUUGUAUAAAAGUGUACAGGACCAUACUUGUCACGAACUCUGUUAGGCACAUUUGUCAUAUCUCCUUAAAUCUCAUCUCACUAUUUAUCAAUCACGACAACAUGAGAAAAUACUCAACCUGUAAACAAGGAUGAGAAGUUGGUAAAAGGUUUUUCAGAGUGCUUCAUUAAACAUGAACACCGGUAACUGUUGGGAAGCUGGCUCCCGAAAAAUGUAAUAAUGUGUAUGGUUUUAUUUAUCAAGCAGUUGUUAUUCAUGUACCUUGUGGUUUCGAUUGGCCAGUCUAUUAAAAGGGUUGCUACAAAAGCAUUAGUUGUCACUCAUACAGAUACGGUCUAUACUCAAUACCCUUUCUUGAUUGGUCCUGUGGGAUUAACAGUUGCAGUUUGCACAAUAUGAAAGUAUUAAAUAUGUAUAUGUGAAAGAACAAUAUUUCUGAACUACUAUCAAGUCUCAACAUUAAGUUUACAAAGCAAGGCGGUUCCACAGACUAGAAGUGUGUUAAUCACUUGGAAAAACACCUGAAUGGGUUCUUUAGCCAAUGAAUGUCCAAAUAUUAAGUAGAGAUCAUCAGAUACUGGGAUUCACUCAGUUGGAACGAACAGCAUAAGGAUAUGCUUUGUUCUUUCAUCUUCAAUGUUCUAACUUCAACUCAUCUCAAUUUGGAGAAUGAUUGCCAGGAAUCCGUUACGUGGAUGUGGUCCUAAGCUCAUUGCAAGUGACCACAAUUGUCCACCUCUGGGGCGUGUUCAGUGGGGUGCACCAUUGCAGAAUGUUCAGAUGUAAUGUAUUGGGUUUGUAGGAUGAGGAAUUGUGUCAGUUCUAUACGUUACAUUUCUACCUACAACAUUUAGAACAUUUCCCCUCACUGACGAAACUCUUUGUUUUUAGCCUUGGAAUGUUUUCUACAGUUUUGUUAGCACAACCUGUUCGUCUGAGUUAUAUUAUAUAACAUGUACAUAAAGGCUUCUUUUUAGUGUGGAAAUAAACAAACAAAGAUUACAUUUAACAUUUUGUACAGUUGCUCAAAAUUGGCUGCAGUUGUAUUUUCAACCCAAUUCUUUGGGAGAAAGUGUUUAUAGAUUGUUCCAGAUAUGUACAACCAUUUCUGUAUCUAUUUUCAACAAUAAAUCCUUAAGUAUG